AUGUCUACAAUAAAUAUAGCCGUGCAAUGCCUAAGUACAGAUUUUAGCAGCCAGAAAGGUGUCAAGGGUCUUCCACUACACAUACAAAUUGACACAUUCGAAGAUCCCAGAGAUGCGCAAGUCUUUCACCGAGGCUAUUGUCAAAUAAAGGUCUUUUGCGAUAAGGGUGCUGAACGUAAGACACGUGAUGAAGAACGACGUGCAGCCAAACGAAAAAUGACAGCCACUGGACGCAAGAAGUUAGAUGAAUUAUAUCAUCCGGUCACAGAUCGUUCAGAAUUUUAUACCAUGCAAGAUACCGCAAAACCACCUGUACUCUUUUCACCAGCCGAUGAUAUGGAAAAGGUAAGAAUUCAGUUGAAUUCAUCCUCAUCCAUGCACAAAGAACCAUUCACAAAUCCAUUGUCUUCAUCUAUUAAAUUACAAAAUCAAUCACAACCUCAACCAUUACCAUUAACACCAUCAUCUACAUCAUCAUCAUAUGAUAUUAACCCAACAACACACAAUCAAACACAUAUUCCAUUACAACAUGCACAACAAUAUAAUGAUGCAACGCUAAUGGACUUAUCUCAACAGAGUUUUUAUGGCCAUGAGACUGAUUCGCUGUCGGGUACGCCAGAUCUAAAAGGCGCUUCACCGUUUUUGCUGCAUGGCCAAAAGGUUGCCACACCAACGCUCAAAUUUCAUAAUCAUUUUCCACCUGAUGUGCAGACUGAUAAAAAGGAUCACAUUUUGGAACAAAGUUUGGUUGCCGGUGCCAUGGGUGAAUUUGGACCACCACUGAAAAGAGGUCGAAUGACACCACCAACCAGCGAACGUGUUAUGUUGUAUGUUCGGCAAGAGAAUGAAGAUGUCUAUACACCAUUACAUGUCGUUCCACCCACCACAAUGGGUCUCUUAAAUGCGAUUGAAAAUAAAUACAAAAUCUCCACAACGAGUAUAAAUAACAUUUAUCGUACAAAUAAAAAAGGGAUUACUGCGAAAAUUGAUGAUGAUAUGAUUUCUUACUACUGCAACGAAGAUAUUUUCUUAUUGGAAGUGCAGCAGAUUGAAGAUGAAUUAUAUGAUAUUACAUUAGCAGAGCUUCCCAACCAUUGAUAGGAUGAAUUGUUGUCUUAAACAUAAUCGCCAGCGUACUUAAUCUAAAUAAUUUAUAUAUAUAUGAGAUACAAUUUUAACAACUUAUAGAGAAGUACAACAACAAUGCACAACAAGUGGACACAAAUGAAAUUUUUAUAUAUUUUUUAUAUAGUUUUAUAUGCGAAUAGUUCAGAGAGAUUCUUUAAGUUUAAUUUAA